AUGAGAUUCAUCACUUCUACUUACGUUUUUGCUUGUGCUAUGCUGGCCAAUUUAGUAGCGUCUAUUCCUUCUGCCCAAGACUUUCCUAUGACUUCCUUGACUCAUACCUUGAAGACUCGUGAUGCAAACGGACCUUCCAUUGGAAAGAAAUUCAAAAAUUCUCAAGGUACUUAUUGGAAUGGUUCUAAAUGGGUUGGACAUUGUCUAUUUCAAGAUUGGCCUCAACCUGCUGGUUUACCAUACGCCGCAGUAGCCACCAACCUUUAUGGAAAUGCAGCAUAUUGUGGUUCUUGUAUCAAGGUCACUCCAGCCGGAAAAACGGGACCAUCAAAGAUUGCCAUGAUCAAUGACCAAUGUCCUGAUUGUCCAAACAACGCAUUAGACAUGUCACCUGACCUCUACAAUGCAGUCAUGGGUAACGCACCUGGACGCACAGGAAUUUCACAUUUUGACUGGGAAAUUGUCCAAUGCCCAAUUCCCCCUUCCAAUAUGAAACUAAUCAGUAAGGACGGUGCAUCUAAAUGGCAUUUAUCUUUACAAAUCGCCGGUACUAUCACACCGGUUGUUAACGUAUCGAUCAAACCUGAAGGUAAAGAUUGGCAAGUGGCUAGCCGAAGAGAUUAUAAUUAUUGGGAACUCUCAGAAGGAGCAGCAGGAGAACAACCUGAUGUUAGAGUGACUUGUGCUAGUGGGAAAACAGUUUUGGUUAACAAAGUGAAGAUCACUUCUAGAAACAUUGUCAAUGCAAAUGGCAAUUGUUAA